GCAACGAGCGCAACGCUGCCUCGGUCACUCGUCGUCCGGCGCGCGUCCGAAAUACUUAUACGCCAGGAGUCUCCUCUCUCUCUCUCUCUCUCUCUCCUUUACGUUACCCGUGUCUCAUCCAUACACGCGUGCACUCAUCACCCAUCACGAUGUCUGGACUUGCGGAUCCCGUAGCGUUCGCCAAGGAUUUUCUGGCCGGUGGUGUGGCCGCGGCGAUUUCCAAGACCGCCGUCGCGCCCAUCGAGCGCGUGAAAUUGUUGCUGCAGGUACAGCACAUCUCCAAACAAAUCGCCGAGGAUAAGCGUUACAAGGGUAUGAUCGAUUGUUUCGUUCGUAUCCCACGUGAACAAGGAUUCCUCAGUUACUGGCGUGGUAACUUCGCCAACGUUAUCAGAUACUUUCCAACACAAGCCUUGAAUUUUGCCUUCAAGGACAAGUACAAACAGAUUUUCCUUGGUGGCGUUGACAAGAACACUCAAUUUAUGCGUUAUUUCCUUGGAAAUCUCGCGUCUGGUGGUGCUGCUGGAGCCACAUCUUUGUGCUUCGUUUACCCACUCGACUUUGCCAGAACUAGGUUGGCUGCCGAUGUAGGCAAGGGUACUGGUGAACGUGAGUUCACAGGCUUAGGUAAUUGUUUGGUGAAGAUCUUUAAAUCUGACGGUCUUAUUGGUCUUUAUCGCGGGUUCGGCGUAUCGGUGCAGGGUAUUAUCAUCUAUCGUGCAUCUUACUUCGGUUUCUAUGACACUGCCCGUGGUAUGCUGCCAGACCCCAAAAAGACUCCAUUCCUCAUUUCAUGGGGUAUUGCCCAGGUCGUUACCACUGUUGCGGGUAUCAUCUCCUAUCCCUUCGACACAGUACGUAGGCGUAUGAUGAUGCAGUCCGGCCGUGCCAAGACUGACAUCCUGUACAAAAACACCCUUCAUUGCUGGGCCACCAUUUACAAGACGGAAGGUGGCAGUGCCUUCUUCAAGGGCGCAUUCUCCAAUGUUCUGCGUGGUACUGGCGGUGCGCUUGUACUCGUGUUGUACGAUGAAAUCAAGAAUCUUCUUUAAAGCGCUAAAACGAUCCUCGUCUCAUUACUUUCACGAUCACUGACAUCAUCAUUAAUUAUCCACACCAUCCGAUUUGACAGCGAUUUCCAUAGAUUGACGGACGAAAGAAACUUGCUGUCGGCGAUAUUAAUAAGUAAUUCAGGCUGAGGACGUUCGACGUAGCAGCUCGUAAAAGUGCAUGAAACUCGGCAACACUGUAAACGUAAAAAAAAGAUAGAAGAGAAUCUGCUUAACUUAUUGCCGGAUUCAGUAUUCUCCCGCAACGGCUGACAUUACGUAUUUUCCUAUUCCAUUGUAAAAUCGAAGAGGCAAGCACAAUCGCGACGGUAUCGCGAACACCUGUUACCUGGAUAACGUUCCACACAUUACACGCUGAGUAAGUAAGCCGGUCGGAAUAUUAACGUACUGAAAGUAAUAAAUUGCCUAGAGAACCGAGUCAGCGCACGCGAAGUCAGCGAGAGAGGAGGACGCGCGACGAAAUGUCAUCAUGGCGAUGGCGGGGCGCGUAGCCUGGGCCGCCCCCCGCCCUUAUUCUCGGCCCGUUGUAGAUAAUUCAUAAUUCGUAAUUAUAAUAAACUAUCAUUUUAAUUGUAUCAGCCAGUCCGUUGAUUUUGAUGGACGAUAAUUUAAUUUCGCACUCCAGACGACCAUGUAAGAUUGAAAAGCGUUACUCAGAAUGUAUGCAUCUAAUCUGUUCAUGUUAGGAUGCAUGCAGGGAAAGCAGCAAAUCAAUAAAAACGAUAUAAAAUUUCAUA